ACGCCGACGGGGGCGGAGCCAGCUGGGUCCCGUGCGGCAGCGGCCGGGUUGCAGGCGUCCGGACCUGCCGAUCUGGCCGGCCUGAUAAGCAUGAAGGUCCUGUGCUUGGUGGCCGUGGUCGGCUGUUUGCUGGUGCCCCCAGCUCAAGCCAACAAGAGCUCUGAAGACAUCCGCUGCAAGUGCAUCUGUCCCCCGUACAGGAACAUCAGCGGGCACAUUUACAACCAGAAUGUGUCUCAGAAGGACUGCAACUGCCUGCAUGUGGUGGAGCCCAUGCCGGUGCCGGGGCACGACGUGGAAGCCUACUGCCUGUUGUGUGAGUGCAAGUACGAGGAGCGCAGCACCACCACCAUCAAGGUCAUCAUCGUCAUCUACCUGUCCGUGGUUGGGGCCCUCCUUCUCUACAUGGCCUUCCUGAUGCUGGUGGAUCCUCUAAUCCGGAAACCGGACGCGUACACUGAGCGGCUACACAACGAGGAGGAAAAUGAGGACGCCCGCUCUAUGGCUGCAGUCGCUGCAUCCCUCGGGGGCCCCCGGGCCAACACGGUGCUGGAGCGCGUGGAAGGGGCCCAGCAGCGGUGGAAGCUGCAGGUGCAGGAACAGCGCAAGACGGUCUUCGAUCGGCACAAGAUGCUCAGCUAAAAGGGCGCCGGGGACUCCAAGACCCAAGGCUGUGCUGCCCACUGGACGGAGUCGGGGACCACAUGCAUCCCUGUGUCGACACAGGGCCAUUCUUUCCCGAAGCCUCCCUCUGGCAGCCUGUGGUACUUGUCCUACUUCUUCCUCUAAAAAUGCAGGACUCUGCUGUUUUAACCAGGGAACACGAUGGUACAGGGACAGUUUCAGAUCUCUAGUCUCCCCAGGUCUAUGGGGGUGAGGUGGUGAGGCCAGCAGCGGGAAAGCUGUGCCAUCUUGGAGUUGGUCUUAGGACUGAAUGGCAUCUCUCCUGGCUGCACCCUCUCCACCCUUCCACCUCCAAGUCCUGGGGAUGUGCGUCCUCAGAAGAAGGCGCUGGGGCAUCCAACACUCCGGGUUGAAGGAAGCACAGCCCAGCAUUCAGCAAGGUCCCCCUCCUGCUGUGUCCUGUACCAGCCCUCAAGAACAGCCCAGACCCCUCUGGAGACUCCUGGGAGCUUGGGGCUCCUCCCCUUGCAAGGGAUGUGGCAAUGCCCAUGCAUUCCUGCUCACCCUGCCACCUGCCCCACCUGUCCCCAGUGUCUACAGUUGCCAAGCCACACUGGGGAGAGAGACAGGACACAGGAGGCUCCCGUCCUCGGUGACACCAUUAGUCCCCGAGUUUGAUUGGACCACUGCAUGGAGAGAAAGGUCUGUCCUUCUGUUGUCUGUCAAUCAAAGCCAUCAUUAAAUUGUUUGAGUUCUCUUUCUCCCCAUGGGAA